CGCGGCAGGGGGCGUGGUCGCGCCGCCUCUGCCGCUCCGGUUCCAGCCCAGCCUCACGGAUUCAGAGAUGGAAAUCCCGAGGCCGCUCCCAGCUCACGGGACACCACAGGGCGGCAGCGGCUGUGGCGGUAGCUCCGCGGGCGGCGUCCGGGUCCACCGAAGUCCUGACCUGUCGGCUGGUCAGACCCCGGCGCGCCGCCUCCUGCUGCUCCGGGGCCCCCAAGAUGGCGGGCCCGGGCGGCGGCGCGAAGAGGCCCGCACUGCCUCACGGGGCCUGGGCCCGAGCUUGUUGGCGCCGAGGCCGGAUCCUGCCGGCGGCGGCGGCGGCGGCGGCUGCGGCGGCGGCGGCGGCGGCGGCGGCGACGACGACUUCUUCCUGGUGCUGCUCGACCCGGUGGGCGGCGACGUGGAGACCGUGGGCGCGGGUAAGGCCGCAGGGCCCGUGUGGAGGGAGGAGGCCGAGGCGGGGCCGGAGCCCCAACGGGGCGAGAGCGGCGCGAGCUCUGCGGCCCGGCCUGCGCUGGGCCCCCGCUGCCUGUCCGCGGCCCCCGUCCGGUCCCCGGCCCCGGCUCUAGGCUCGGGCCCCGCGGCGGCCUUCGCGGGUACCAUCACUAUCCACAACCAGGACCUGCUAUUGCGCUUUGAGAACGGCGUCCUCACUCUGGCCACGCCCCCGCUGCCAGCUUGGGAGCCAGGGGUCGGGCCUGCCCCGCAGCCUAGGGAUCAGAUCGUCCCUCAAGCUGGGCUGCCGCAUGCCACACAACCAGGCGACUGCCCAGAGCUGCCGCCUGACCUCCUCCUGGCGGAGCCGGCAGAACCCGCGCCAGCCCCUGCGCCCGAGGAGGAGGCAGAGGGCCAAGCUGCCGCUCAGAGCCCCCGCGGGUCACUGGGCCCAAGCCCAGGCGUGGUGCUAUACCUGUGCCCCGAGGCGCAGUGUGGGCAAACCUUCGCCAAGAAGCACCAGCUGAAGGUGCACCUGCUGACACACAGCAGCAGCCAGGGCCAACGGCCCUUCAAGUGCCCUUUGGGCGGCUGUGGCUGGACCUUCACCACCUCGUACAAGCUCAAAAGACACCUGCAGUCUCACGACAAACUGCGGCCCUUUGGCUGCCCUGCGGAAGGCUGUGGCAAGAGCUUCACCACCGUAUACAACCUCAAGGCACACAUGAAGGGCCAUGAGCAGGAGAACUCUUUCAAAUGCGAAGUGUGUGAGGAGAGCUUCCCCACGCAGGCCAAGCUCAGCGCCCAUCAGCGUAGCCACUUCGAGCCCGAGAGGCCCUACCAGUGUGCGUUUUCCGGCUGCAAGAAGACGUUCAUUACAGUGAGUGCCCUGUUUUCCCAUAACCGUGCCCAUUUCAGGGAACAGGAACUCUUUUCCUGCUCUUUUCCUGGCUGCAGCAAACAGUAUGACAAGGCUUGUAGGCUGAAAAUUCACCUGCGGAGCCACACGGGUGAGAGACCUUUCCUUUGUGACUUUGAUGGCUGUGGCUGGAACUUCACCAGCAUGUCUAAACUCUUAAGGCACAAAAGGAAGCAUGACGAUGACCGGAGGUUCACAUGCCCCGUGGAAGGCUGUGGGAAAUCUUUCACGAGAGCCGAGCAUCUGAAAGGCCACAGCAUAACCCACUUGGGCACAAAACCUUUCGUGUGUCCUGUAGAAGGCUGUUGUGCCAGGUUCUCCGCUCGAAGUAGUCUCUACAUUCACUCCAAGAAACACCUGCAAGAUGUGGACACUUGGAAAAGCCGUUGUCCGGUCUCCACCUGUAAUAAGCUCUUCACCUCCAAGCACAGCAUGAAGACCCACAUGGCCAAAAGGCACAACCUUGGCCAGGAUCUCUUAGCUCAGCUAGAAGCCACAGAUUCUCUUACGCCCAGCAAUGAACUUACCAGCCAGGGACAGAAUGAUCUCAGUGAUGCCGAGAUAGUGUCUCUCUUCUCUGAUGUGCCUGGCAAUAGUUCUGCUGCAGUGUUGGACACAGCAUUAGUGAACUCUGGGAUCUUGACCAUCGAUGUGGCUUCUGUAAGCUCAUCUCUGGCAGGGACCCUCCCUGCUGGUAGUAAUAAUUCCUUAGGGCAGGCUGUGGACCCCCGGGCCUUGAUGGCCACCAGUGACCUUCCUCAAAGUCUGGAUACCUCUCUCUUUUUUGGAACAACGGCAGCCAGUUUUCAGCAGAACCCCUUAGAUACGGAUGAUGUCUCAAGUGCAGCUGCCGGGCCCUUGGGAUCUCUGGGUUCUGUGGCUAUGAAAAGCUCCAGUCCCGAGCCCCAAGCUUUGACACCCAGCAGUAAGUUAACAGUGGACACAGAAGCUCUGACUCCUUCCAGCACCCUUUGUGAAAACAGUGUCUCAGAACUACUGACACCAACCAAAGCAGAUUGGAAUGUACAUCCUGACUCUGACUUCUUCAGACGGGAGGGACAAACCCAGUUUGGAUUCUCCAAUCCAACAGGAAACCAUGGUUCUCAGAAAGAAACAGAUCUUACCACAGUGACUGGCAGCUCAUUUCUGGUAUGAAACAACUGUAUUCAUUCCUCGCCGUGUGGCUUAAUUUUAGUACAUACACUCAGUUCUGAGGAUGUUCUGGAUUAAAUGUUUAAAUACUGUCAGGUUCUUUUGGAUUUGCAAUAGAACACAGCCCUGGACUACUAGUUUGGGGAUCUUUAGUCUGGAACUGACAAGCUCUGUGGUCCUGAGCAAACCACUUAAUGUAUCUGAUCCGAAUUUACUUAUUUAUAAAAUUAAUUCCUUUUGAUUGGUUUUUGUAGAGUUGAUUCAACUCUGUGAUUCAUUGAUAACAUCCUUUCCUUCAAAAUUAUUAGAAUGUUUUGCAGUUAUGAGGUUGCAUGUGAUUUUUUUUCAAACAUGUAUAAAAAUCGCUGUGUACUAAUUAACACCCAUGUAGUAUUCACCCAUUCUCUUAAGUGUCUGUUUCUUUUGUAUGUAUCCCCUUGAGGUCUUGUUUUUUUCUUGGUGUUUUACUGUUUGAAUAAACAGGUUGUUUUACAUGAUUUUGCCUAGCUUUUUAGCUGUUUGUAACUGUUUUCCUAUGGUGGUAUUUAAUUUUUUCGUCAAUUUUGUAGUUGGAUAUGGAAACUUGAUCAGUAUGGGCUGAGUUUUGACAUGAAUGUUUAGAGUGAUUGUGUUUUGUUCUUUCACCAUGUGUCCCUUCCUUGCCUGAUUUUCUCUUUUUGUGAUAUUAGCAGCUGCCUCUGAUUAAUGAAUAAAUUCAUGUUUAUAUGUC